AUGCAUAGCAAAGUCAAGGAAGACAAGGUCAAAGACGACUCCAAGCGUCGUGAUCUUUUCGUAUUCGUAAGACAAACCAUGUGCAUAGCGGCCAUGUAUCCGUUUGGAUAUUACGUCAAGGGAUCGGGAUGCCUGGCCCAUCUGGUCCGAGUCUGCGACUUGCUCUACGAACUCUUCAACUACUUUGUAUCGGUGCAUAUCGCUGCUUUGUUCAUUUGCACCAUCUACAUUAAUUACGGCCAAGGCGACUUGGACUUCUUCGUCAACUGCUUGAUUCAAACUAUCAUUUACUUGUGGACCAUUGCCAUGAAGCUCUACUUUCGUCGGUUCAGGCCAGGAUUGCUGAAUGAAAUCCUGUCCAACAUCAAUGACCAGUAUGUGCCGCGUUCUGCCGUCGGCUUCAGCUAUGUUACAAUGGCAGAGUCCUAUCGGAUGUCCAAGCUGUGGAUCAAAACCUAUGUGUACUGUUGUUAUAUUGGCACCAUUUUCUGGCUGGCCCUUCCCAUAGCCUAUAGAGACAAGAGCCUGCCCCUAGCCUGUUGGUAUCCCUUCGAUUACACGCAACCGAUUGUCUAUGAGGUAGUGUUCUUCCUUCAGGCGAUGGGCCAGAUCCAAGUGGCGGCUUCAUUUGCCUCCUCGAGUGGACUGCAUAUGGUGCUCUGUGUCCUAAUAUCAGGACAAUACGAUGUGCUCUUUUGCAGUCUUAAGAAUGUACUGGCCACAAGCUAUGUGCUGAUGGGAGCAAAUAUGGCAGAGCUGAGACAACUACAAGCUGAGCAAUCUGUGUCCGAUGCUGAGCCCAGUCAAUAUGCAUAUUCACUGGAAGAGCAGACACCUCUACAAGAACUUCUACAACCAACAGCAGAAACCUCACGAGAUUUUGUCACUGCAUUUCGGCAGUCUUUCGUACGUUGCAUACAGCACCAUCGUUAUAUAGUGGCAGCUCUAAAGAAAAUGGAGCGAUUCUACAGUCCUAUAUGGUUUGUGAAAAUCGGUGAAGUCACUUUCCUCAUGUGCCUGGUAGCAUUUGUGUCUACGAAGAGCACAACGGCCAACUCCUUCAUGCGGAUGGUCUCCCUGGGACAGUACUUGCUACUGGUACUGUACGAGCUCUUUAUAAUCUGUUAUUUUGCCGACAUCGUUUUCCAGAAUAGUCAGCGAUGCGGUGAGGCCCUGUGGCGAAGUCCAUGGCAGCGUCAUUUAAAGGAGGUUCGCAGUGAUUACCUAUUCUUCAUGCUGAAUUCCCGUCGGCAGUUUCAACUAACUGCCGGAAAAAUAACCAAUCUAAACGUGGAAAGAUUUAGAGGGACUAUUACUACUGCCUUUUCGUUUCUCACCUUACUGCAAAAGAUGGAUUCACGAGGCUAG